AUGGCUGCCGACGUCAGUUACGUUGCAUCUCAAAUUGUGUCAACAGAUCGCAGCCGUGAUCCGGAUUUCGAUAGAUUCUCCUUCGUUCCCUUCCUACGAAAGAGCUAUGGCUUUGGCCUCGCCACCGACGUCCCUGUAUGCAAAGCGUACAGUGAAGGUCACUGUCCCUUGGGUCCUGCGUGUCCUGACCGGCAUCCGACACCAUCGCGAGUAACCACAUCUACGACCACGGCCUCCGGAUUAGCCCCGUCAACCACACAUGGGUCACUUGUCUGCAAGCACUUUCUCAAGGGUCUCUGUAAGAAGGGCAUGAAGUGCGAAUACCUCCAUGAAUACAAUCUCCGCCGCAUGCCAGAAUGCCAGUCGUUCUCCCGGUCUGGAUAUUGUCCUAAUGGAGAUGACUGCCUGUAUCAGCAUGUUCGGGAGCAGGCCCGCCUCCCUCCAUGCGAGCACUACGACCAGGGAUUCUGUCCUCUAGGUCCCCUAUGCGCGAAACGGCACGUCCGUCGUCGACUCUGUCAAUACUAUCUUGCUGGAUUUUGCCCCGAAGGGCCAAAUUGCGCCGAUGCCCAUCCCCGAUGGUCAGAGAAUCUGCCCAAGCCAACAAUGCGCGUGGAGAAGACAGAAGAGGAACUGGAGCAUGAAAGGAAUCUGAUUCGUGAAGAGCAGGAGAGGGAGCGUGAAAGGGAACGUGAAUGGAGAAAUGAACGUGGUCGCGGAGGAUUCGGAAUGCGUGGCCGGUACCGUGGCAGAGGGCGAGGUUAA